AUGAUGAAAAAUCAGACAUGGGUCACAGAGUUCGUUCUCCUGGGAUUUCCCCUCAGCCCGAGGAUGCAGAUGCUCCUGUUUGGGCUCUUCUCCCUGCUCUUCGCCUGCACCCUGCUGGGCAAUGGGGUCAUCCUGGGGCUCAUCUGGCUGGACUCCCGACUGCACACCCCCAUGUACUUCUUCCUCUGUCACCUGGCCAUUGUUGAUAUUUCAUAUGCUUCAAACAAUGUCCCCAAGAUGUUGGAAAACCUUCUCAACAAGAGAAAAACUAUCUUCUUUGUCCCAUGCAUAAUACAGACCUUUUUAUACAUGGCUUUUGCUCACACUGAGUGUCUCCUCUUGGUAAUGAUGUCCUAUGAUCGGUUUGUGGCCAUUUGCCACCCCCUCCAGUACUCUGUCAUCAUGAGCUGGAGGGUGUGCACAGUCCUGGCCGCCAUGUCCUGGGCGUGUGGCUCCCUCCUGGCUCUGGUCCAUGUGAUUCUCAUCCUGAGGCUGCCCUUCUGUGGGCCUUGUGAAAUCAACCACUUCUUCUGUGAGAUCCUGUCUGUCCUCAGGCUGGCCUGCGCUGACACUGGGCUCAGCCAGCUUGUCAUCUUUGUUGCCUGUGUGUUUGUCUUGGUGGGGCCCCUGUGCGUGGUGCUGGUCUCCUACGCACGCAUCGUCUCUGCCGUCCUGAGGAUCCAGUCAGGGGAGGGCCGCAGGAAGGCCUUCUUCACCUGCUCCUCCCACCUCUGCGUGGUCGGGCUCUUCUUUGGCAGUGCCAUUGUCAUGUACAUGGCCCCCAAAUCCCGCCACCCCGAGGAGCAGCAGAAGGUCCUUUCCCUGUUUUACAGCCUUUUCAACCCCAUGCUGAACCCACUGAUCUACAGCCUGAGGAACGCAGAGGUCAAGGGUGCCCUGCGGAGAAUAAAGUGGACGCAUAGAUCCAUGUGA